AAUUCCAAAUAAAUAUAAUUUCAAUUUCAACUCUAUUCAAAAAUUGAAACUGGAAAACACAAAAUCCAGAGAAGGAUAAAACAAUCAGAGGCGGCGGCGGUAGCAGCAGCAUGGGACUGCAAUCUUGCACCUUCAAACUCUCUCCGUUUUCCAUUCUCAAUCUCCCUACCGCCUUAAACCGUCUCUCUUACCGAUUCCACCACCUCCACUGCCGCCGCCAGCCGCCGCACCUCGUCAGAGCACUUUCCUCCGCCGCCACCGCCGCGUCUCCUCAACCUCCGACCGCUGCAAGCCCAGAAGACAGCAAAGUUGUGAAGGCGGCGCAAUGGAAGGCUGCGAUAGAUUUCAAGUGGAUAAGGGAUAAUAAGGAGGCCGUUGCCGCCAACAUCAAGACUCGCAAUUCCAAUGCUAAUUUGCAAUUUGUGCUCGAGCUCUAUGAUAAAUUGUUGACUCUUCAGAAGGAAGUGGAAAGGCUUCGUGCAGAGAGAAAUGUAGUUGCAAACAAGAUGAAGGCCAAACUGGAACCCUCUGAGCGUCAGAAACUCAUUGAAGAAGGUAAAAAUCUCAAAGAUGUUCUUGUUACCUUGGAAGAAGACCUGCUCAAACUUACCGAUGAACUCCAACAGGAAGCACAAUGUGUGCCGAAUAUGACACAUCCAGAUGUCCCUGUAGGCGGAGAGGAUUGCUCUACAGUGAGAAAAGUGGUCGGUAAGCCUCGUGAGUUUGGCUUUGCUAUAAAGGAUCAUGUCCAGCUUGGAAAAGAUUUGGAUAUAUUAGACUUUGAUGCUGCUUCUGAGGUUAGUGGGUCAAAGUUCUAUUACCUGAAGAAUGAAGCAGUUUUGUUGGAGAUGGGCCUCGUAAAUUGGGCUGUAUCAGAAGUCAUGAAAAGGGGCUUUACACCUCUUACAACCCCAGAAAUUGUCCGAUCUUCUAUAGUGGAGAAAUGUGGUUUCCAACCCCGUGGAAGUAACACUCAGGUUUAUUCCAUUGAAGGUAGUGAUCAAUGCCUCAUUGGGACUGCCGAGAUUCCAGUUGGGGGAAUCCAUAUGGAUUCCAUACUUGCUGAGGCAUCCUUACCUUUGAAAUACGUGGCUUUCUCCCAUUGCUUCCGCACAGAAGCUGGUGCUGCAGGCACUGCAACUAGGGGCCUUUACCGAGUCCAUCAAUUUAGCAAGGUAGAGAUGUUCGUUUUGUGCAGGCCAGAGGAAAGCGACACCUUCCAUGAAGAACUUAUUAGUAUUGAGGAAGACCUCUUCUCGUCAUUGGGACUUCAUUUUAAAACUCUGGACAUGGCAACUGAGGAUUUGGGUGCACCAGCAUAUCGUAAAUUUGACGUGGAGGCGUGGAUGCCUGGCUUAGGGCGUUACGGAGAGAUAUCAAGCGCCUCUAACUGUACCGACUAUCAAAGCAGGCGUCUGGGGAUUCGCUAUCGUCCAGAACUCUCAGCCUCCAUGCCUAAGAAGGGAAAAGGCAGUUCAGGUGCAACCCAGUUUGUGCACACGCUUAAUGCCACAGCGUGUGCCGUUCCACGAAUGCUCGUCUGCUUGCUCGAAAAUUACCAGCAGGAGGAUGGCACUGUCGUCGUUCCUGAGCCACUGCGGCCGUUCGUGGGUGGCCUUCAAGUAAUUGACUACAAGUAUAGGUAGGCUUUAACUUACAAAAUCUGAUGAGAUUUAUGCAGUUUUCUUGAAACUUAUUGGUCUUUUUUGGUGACUAAUACCUCAAUUUACCAUAUUAACAUUCAUAUUAGUAUUUGAAUUGGCAUCAUAGUCUUAAUUGGUGAGUAAUAGAGGGCUCGAUUUCUUCAUGCAA